AUGAGGUUCUCUAUCGCUCUUCUCGUUCCUGUUGCUGGUGUCCUCGCCGCACCUACACCUCCCGGUAUUCCCAGUGAUUCUACUGCUCGAUCACUCCUGAGCGGUCUCACUGUUGCCGCUUCCACCAACACAGGCACCUAUGACAGAGACCUCUUCCCUCACUGGGAGACCUAUGAGGGUGCUUGCAACACUCGUGAAUACGUCUUGAAGAGAGAUGGAUCAAACGUCGUCACCAACUCAGCCUGUGCAGCUACUUCCGGCACUUGGAAGUCUCCCUAUGACGGAGCCACCUGGACACAGGCCAGCGAUAUUGACAUUGACCACAUGGUUCCUCUGAAGAACGCUUGGAUCUCUGGAGCUGCUUCGUGGACUACCGCGAAGCGUACCCAGUUCGCCAAUGAUGUUACACGACCCCAGCUGUGGGCAGUUACGGACAAUGUCAACCAGGCAAAGAGUGACAAAUCCCCUGAUGCUUGGAAGCCUCCUCUGACCAGCUUCUACUGCACCUACGCCAAGAGCUGGGUCCAGGUUAAGAGCUACUGGAAGUUGACUAUUACCAGCGCCGAGAAGACCGCUCUCAGUUCGAUGCUUGACUACUGUUAGGUCAAUAUGGUUCGGAACUUGGUUCAUCGGGAGUAUUGUACAUAUUGAAUCAGGUGCCUUCAAGAACUCAUUGAGUGGUUACGUAGAAUAUGCCACGAGCCGCAAUAGUCUUCAACGUCAAAUCUUACAGUAGAGGUCUGAAGAUCAAGUUUCAAUUGGCCUCACGUGGGCU